AUGGCUGAUAGUCUCUUAAGCAAUCUGGACAAACUGCUGCUACAACUUGUUUUUCAGCUUGAACAAGCAUCUUACUCCAAAGAAUAUGAAAAACAACAGAUACAGUUAUAUACUGCAAACAUUUUGGGGAAAAAAAGUGAAAUCUGCCACCUACAUGAAGAAAUAAAUAAAAGUGAGGAAGCAAUUCUUAGCUUAUGCAGACAAAAUAAAACCAAUAAAGAGAACUGUAACAUUUGGAAACCAACGUACGUUAUUUUGAAAAAACAUGAAGAAUAUUUACAGAAAGAACUUCAGAAUCAACAAGAAGCAACAGAAAAAGACAAAAAAAUGUACCAGGAUUAUAUGAAUCAAUAUCAAGAAGUUUUCAGGCAGCACCAAGCAAAAUAUUUAGAAACUACAAUUGCCCAAGAAUAUUAUCGUGAAAAAAAAGAAUAUGAAGAAAUUCAAGAUCAAGUUCAACAACAUUCUAAAUUAUUUAAGCAGAAAGAAGCUGAACUGAUAGAUCUUCACAGACCUGGUCCUUUCCAAUCACUUUCUUCAUGGGCAACACAAAUUGCUUCUCUGCGGCAGAACACAAAGGAAACUCUUACUCAUGCAGCAAUUCUCAAACAGCAAUCAGCAGAACUUGUCAAAACUGCAAAAGAGCUAGAAAAGAAAAUCAACUACUUCAAAGAGCAUCUAGACAAUGUUACAGAAGAUCAAAAGGAUACUGAAGAGAUGGAAGAGGAUUCUAAUAUGAUAGAAGAAAAAGCAAAAAAUCAAGAAAGAAAGAAGGGGUUUGAUGAAAGCUUGUUCAAAGAGAGUCAACAUUUAUUGAACAAGAAAGAACAAACGUAUAAACCAUUUAAUCUAAGUAGCAUUUUUCAGAAAUUAGUUCAAAGUGUGCCAACUGUGAAGCCACUAUCUCAGAUCACAGACACAGGUGCAGAAAAGAAAGAGGAUCUGGCAGGACAUUCAACAGUAACUAGUAUGUAUUUCAACCAUAUGGAAAAUGAAAAUCAGGUAUGCAAUCAGACAGAAAUUUCUACUAAGCCUGGAUGUUAUUCUUCAACAAGAGAUGCAGAUGCUGUAUCAGUUCCAGGGCUAAUAACUCCAGACCCUAACAUAUUUCCAAAAACCCCUGACUCUUGUGAGAUGAGAACUUCAUUUGAACUAUUUCCACCAGAAAGUGAAGGAUUGCUGUCCAAGUCACCUGCUUUUUCUUUUCUUGCUGGGUUUACCUCAAAGUCACAGUCACCUGGAUUUAAUUUUUUUGAUUCUUCUGCAUUUGGAAGUGAGAGUUCAUUAGAUCAGCCAGGUGAAAGCUGUUCUGCUGGAAAUAUAAAUCCAAUUUCUCCGCACAAAGAUAUUGGAGAUUUCUUUGGGAAAAUGGAUAACGAAGAUUCAUUUACAUUUGCAUUUCCAACACUUCCUUCUGCUCAGGUUUUUCAAGAUGGGAAAGAAGGCUUUAAUUUUCCCUUUGCUUUUGGAUCAUCUGAGCAAUCCACUCUAAAAGGUUUUCAAUCUGCCUCAGAAAACAGAAAGCCAUUUUCACUUUUCUGA